UCUGCUGAGACUGGAGUUCGAAUCAAAGUCCAUUCUGUCUGCUGCGGUUUUGUGCUGAACUGAAGGUUGUUCUCGAGUCCACACACGGUCUGCAGUCUGCGGUCAUCUGACGUGUGGUGCGCGAUUGGGAAUUUGUUGUCCCUGCUGUUUGCUGAAAUAACCCCUUGUGUGUACUGUGAAUCUCUGACGUUAGAACCGCUAGAUUUUACCCUGACGCAUUGGUCAAGAUGGAGAAUCAGAAUAAAGUUACAAUCUUGGACCCAUCGGAGAUUUACAGGCCAGAAAUCAAUCGAGGGAUUGAUAAUACAAUGCCUUCUCCAAAGGAGAUCAACUUCAGAAAGUUUAACGAGGAAAAAGGCUCUGAAGACAACCCUCAAAUUCAGAGAGUCAAGAACACCUACAAGUUAAUGCACACACACCAGACAGUGGAGUAUGUGCAGAGCAAACACAAGCAGUGGUCAACAUUUGACCAUGCAAAGCUGACCAUCAUGGAGGCGCUAGAGUUUCUGAAUAAUGUAAUAGACGAGGCUGACCCUGAUGUCAGUGUGCCAAACAUUUACCACGCCUUUCAGACUGCUGAGAGGAUUCGUGAAAAGCAUCCUGAUAAAGAUUGGUUCAUUCUGACUGGGUUGAUCCAUGAUCUGGGCAAAGUGAUGGCUGUGUGGGAUGAACCUCAGUUUUCCACUGUUGGGGACACUUUUGUUGUAGGCUGUGCAUUUGCAGAUUCUAUUGUUUACAGAGAAACAAGUUUUGUGGACAACCCAGACGGAAAAAACCCUGCCUACAACUCCAAGUUCGGCAUGUAUGAGGAACACUGUGGCUUGGAUAAUGUGUUGAUGUCAUGGGGGCACGAUGAGUACAUGUACAAAGUGUUGAUUGAAAACAAGUGCACCCUUCCUGAAGAGGCGAUGUACAUGAUUCGCUAUCACUCCUUCUACCCAUGGCACACUGGACAAGACUACAUGCAUCUUUGUAACAACAAAGAUCUGGAGAUGCUUAAAUGGAUCCGGGAAUUCAACCAAUUUGAUCUGUACUCCAAGAGUGAUAAACUGCCGGACAUCAAAGCCUUAAUGCCGUACUAUCAAUCCCUAGUGGACAAGUACAUUCCUGGUACCCUGAAGUUUUAGAUGUUUAAUGUGAACCUGGUUAAUCCCACCGGUGUACGGAAAUCCCGACCCUGUUCUAAGCACAAUCAAUGCUUUUCUAUAUCAUGUGUAAAUUUUGAACAAAACUAACUUUUUGAUAACGAUUGUAUAUUGAUUAACAUAUGGUUGAGGUGGGAUUUUUUCAAUCUGAAAUUAUAAAUUAUUUUUGAGUGAUAUUUUGAGAUAUAGUUUCUGAGAAACUUAUUUAAUUAUUAAAAACUCCAGCUCUGAAAAUGUGGCAUGUAGUUCCAGAUAAACUUUUGAAGGUUGUUAUCAGUUUAUUUUUGAUCUAUAAGCAAAAUUACCAAGAAAAGUAAAACGAAAGUCAACUAUGAAAGUUUCAGUUGAGAUUACAGUGUCUAUUUGUUGAGGGUCGUAGUGUUUCCAUCAAGAUCAUGUAAAAUCCAUCCACAUUAAAGACACUGAACACUAUUGGUAAUUGUCAAAGACUAGUCUUCACACUUGGUGUAUCUCAACAUAUGCA